GGGAUCGCGGAGGAGUAAGAAACAGUGGCGGAAAAGCGGCUGGAGGUGGCGACAUGGCUGUUCUCCUGGAGACCACGCUGGGAGACCUAGUGAUUGAUUUGUACACGGAGGAGAGACCGAGAGCUUGUCUAAAUUUCUUGAAGCUUUGCAAGACCAAAUACUACAAUUACUGCCUUAUACAUAAUGUACAAAGAGAUUUUAUCAUACAAACUGGAGACCCCCUGGGGACUGGUCGUGGAGGUGAAUCCAUAUUUUGCAAAUUGUAUGGUGAUCAAGCUAGAUUUUUUGAAGCAGAGAAAGUGCCAAGAAUUAAACACAAGAAAAAGGGAACUGUGUCAAUGGUAAACAAUGGGAGUGAUCAGCAUGGAUCUCAGUUUCUUAUUACUACAGGAGAAAAUUUAGAUUAUCUGAAUGGUGUGCAUACAGUGUUUGGUGAAGUAACAGAAGGCAUGGAUGUAUUGAUGAAAAUUAAUGAGUCCUUUGUCGACAAGGAUUUUGUUCCAUAUCAAGACAUCAGAAUAAAUCAUACAGUGAUCUUAGAUGAUCCAUUUGAUGAUCCUUCUGGUUUGACAAUACCAGACCGUUCACCAGAACCUACAAAAGAACAAUUGGAUAGUGGGCGAAUAGGUGCUGAUGAAGAAAUUGAUGACUUCAAAGGAAGAUCUACCAAUGAAGUAGAAGAAAUUCUGGCAGAGAAAGAAGCAAAAACACAGGCUAUUCUCUUGGAAAUGGUUGGAGACUUACCUGAUGCAAAUAUCAAGCCACCUGAAAAUGUUCUUUUUGUCUGCAAACUUAAUCCUGUGACAACCGAUGAAGACCUUGAAAUUAUAUUUUCUCGAUUUGGUCUAAUAAAAAGUUGUGAAGUGAUUCGAGAUUGGAAAACUGGUGAAUCUCUUUGCUAUGCCUUCAUUGAAUUUGAGAAGGAAGAAGAUUGCGAGAAAGCUUACUUUAAGAUGGACAAUGUCUUAAUAGAUGACAGGCGAAUACAUGUUGAUUUUAGCCAAUCUGUUGCAAAGGUUAAAUGGAAAGGAAAAGGUGGGAAAUACACCAAGGAUGAUUUCAAAGAAUAUGAAAAAGAUCACAGCAAAUCUUCUAAAUUAAGCCUGAAGGAGAAAGCAAAACCCAAGCAAGACUCCAAAUACGAUCUUUUGCUGGAGAAUGAAGAAGAGGAAGCCAAAACCAGCCACAGGCACUCUGAUAAAAAGAGGAAACAUUACCAUUCAGACGACACUGAUGAGGAUGAGAAGAGGAGCAAAAAAUCCAAGGAGCCCAGCCGAAAGCACAAAGAAGAAUUCAAUAGGGAGAAAAGAAAAAGUGACAAGCGAGAGAGAUGUCGGAGCCAUUCUCGGGAGAGAGAAAGCCAUCACAAAAAGUCUAAAGACAAGCAUUCCGAGGAAGCUGGGGAAAGAGACUAUUAUGAAGAGAAAAAGUCUGGCAAGAACCCCAAAAAGUCCAAAGAUAAGGAAAAGUCCAAAUAUAAAUAAGGACGGAUUAAUGUAAAGCAACUGUUUCUAAGCAUUUAUCUGCCUUAGAAACUGCCAGUGUCUUCCCUUCUCUUCCAGAAGAUCUUUAAGCUCCCUCUGAUUUUGCCUCAUAAGAGUUCUGUGGGAGGAUAUCUUCAUCAGGUGGAUUCUCCUGUUGUUUUUGUUGCCUUUGAAAAUGGCAGAUUGCAGAGAUUAGAGAAUUUCGUGCUGUAGUACAGUAACAAGGAAGCUGCAGCAUUCCCAUUAUUACUGUUAGCAGUCUGCUGCUGUUACUGCCAGAAAGGAAUUCCAAAUCUCUUUUAACUCUAAAAGGAACAUGGAGGACUUUAUUCAAGACUGGAUGAAUUUACUUUUUUCUCAUAGGAAACUCUUAAUGAGUGAAGCUUGUACAAUUACACGAAUGAGGGAGAUCUGUUUUUAUUGCCAGUUGAGGCUUCCCUGUUGUAUUUAUACAAAUAGAUAAUAUUGAAGUUUUAUAUAUAAAAAUAUGGAAAUAUAUACUAGUACAAUACACAGUUCAUCAUUGGUAUGGUACUAGCCCAUGCAGUUGGUACUUCUAAGACUUCAUUGCAUUGAAGUGGCUCUAAAUACCUGUUGUUUCAGAGAGAAAGUGAGAAGCCUCACUCUGCACCGUAACAGUAUAUACAAUACUGAUACAUCUAGAUUGCCACAAAAGAGCGGCUGUCCACAUUUUGUGCUAACUGCAAUAUCUCCAUGCAAACCAUUAGUUUCACUUCCAUCUAAUAUAGCGACAUUAAUCUAUUUCAGCAAAUAUAUUAGUAAAUCGAUGUCAGUUAGGAAGCUGUAGCAAAUCCUGUGGGUUUUGUAUUUGGGUUUUAAAAUGUAGCUUUGUUUGGUAAUGUAAAAUUGUACAUUCUUAAUU